GAUGCUUUCACCGCGAAUGUUGCGUUGGUCCAUUUUUCUGAAUGGAUACAAGCAUACUCUCCACCACCGACCAGGCAAGCAGUUAGGCCACGCAGAUGGUCUCAGCAGACUACCCCAAGCGGACCAGUGUCAGGAUGACCCUUCGCCAGCAGAGGUCGUCAUGCUUCUGGACGUACUUCCAGAAUCUCCAGUCCAUGCAGACGAUGUGGCGAAGUACUCCGCCAAGGACGCUAUCCUCUCCCGCGUCCUCAACUGGGUGUGGAAGGGGUGGCCAAGGUGCGCUCCGAGUUCCGAAUUCACACCAUUUGUGUCCAGGCAACAUGAGCUGUCCGCCCACAAGGGACCACUGUGGGGUGACCGUGUGGUGAUUCUACAGAAGCAUCGUUUCUGGGUCCUCAAAGCUCUGCAUGUCGGACACCCCAGCAUCAUCAGAAUAAAAGCACUUGCCCGCAGUUAUGUAUGGUGGCCCGGCAUGAAUGCGGCCAUUGAGGAAUGGGUCCGGCGAUGCCUUCCUUGCCAGGAAACACGGCCCGAGAUGACUCGGGCACCUGUGCACCCAUGGGAGACGACCCGAACUCCAUGGUCACGCCUGCACAUUGAUUUCGCUGGUCUAUUCCAAGGACAGACCUUCUUGAUUGUGGUGGAUUCUUAUUCCAAAUGGCUGGAGGUCAUACCAAUGUCGUCAAUGACAUCGAGUUCUGUAAUCACUACCUUACGAAGAUUGUUCGCAACUCAUGGCCUGCCAGAUACCCUCGUCUCAGACAAUGGCCCGCAAUUCACAUCCACAGAAUUUCGAGGGUUCCUGGAUGCAAACCUCAUCCCAAUGACAUAUGCACCGUUCCAUCCAUCCACGAACGGGCAGGCUGAAAGGAUGGUACGGACCACCAAAGAGGCAUUAUCUCGGAUAAUCCGAGGAAGCUGGGCACAGCGCCUGGCAGACUUCACUCUACAGCAGCAUGUAACUCCGCAAACAGUCACGGGACGCUCCCCGUGUGAGUUACUGAUGGGCCACCGACUGUCUACCAUGCUGGACCGGCUACACCCAGACCGGGCCCCUGACAAGUCCUCCCGAUUGGCACCACGCACAUUCCAGCCCGACGACCCUGUAUUUGUACGCAACUACAGCCAAGGUCCACCAUGGGUACAUGCUGUGAUUUCCAGAGCAACUGGCCCGAUCUCUUAUGAGGUGGUUUUUCCGGACAGCCGUGUGUCGCCGGCACGUGGACGACACGUGCCGUCGUCGGAGCAGCAGUCCCAUGAGGUUAGCCGAAUCCGUACCUGA